UGUUUUCCCUUUGGCUCCGAGGAGUUGUGCUUGUGGUGGUGGCAACAGGCCAUGAAUCAGCCCGCAUUCCUGUUCAUCCUUCUCACCACCAGUGCCAUCCAUAAGUCCGCCUCGGAGACGAUUGCAGGCGGCGUCUCAGUAGCCGCCCAGCAGUCCGCCCAGCACGCCCUUCUCUUUCGCGUCAAGGCAUAUGAGUUUGUGCGCCAGAUCUUGAACGAGUCCGAAACCGCUGCUCUGGAGACCACCGCGUUCGUCGUGGCCCCAUUAAUAUGUGUUGAGGCGGCCGACGGAAAUCGACAGGCUGCAGAUGCUCAUGUGCAAGGGCUCAAGAGACUGGUCGAGCUACUUGGUGGUAUUGAGAGCCUGGACCAUGCGAUGGUCUCGCUUUUCUAUUCUGCGGUACAUGUGUAUGGACUUCUCACCGGCUCGGAACCAGCCUUUCCCAUGUCCGAAGAAUGGAAGCAGAGAGUCCUCCAAGAGGUUUUCGCCGUCAAGUCCGAAGAGGAUUCUCGAGGUCAAUCAUACUUCGGUAACCGCUUCUUUGCGUCGUCCUGGUCCGCGGGACUGGACCCCAGUCUCAAGCUUCUUCUCCAACAUUUUCAACACUUGAUGGUGCACUACAACUACGCGCAGUCAUCCUUGUCGAAAUCAUCGGAGAACAACUUCGCCCUCCUGACCGCAUACGAGCUUCUCGCCACGACCUACGUUCUCACCCCGUCGGACUUUCAGGAUACGCUGCGCAUUGCGAUGCGGAUCUACCUUGCGCUGCGACUUUGGACUUUUCAGGGUUUGCCAUGCAUGAAAUUUGUGUCCGAAGAGCUGCAGCACAGUCUGUAUACAACACUCCACCUCCUGCAGAGAACGGCUCCGGAUCUCUUGUUUUGGAUUCUGUUCGUGGGAGGCCUCUCCUCCGUCGGCCACCAAACAUCCGCAUGGUUCAAGACUUACCUCUCCAUCACCGCCGGCCAAUUGGCCGUGUACAACUGGGAUGCCGCAUUGGCUUUGCUGGAAGGCUUCUGUUUCAUCUACCGGCCAGCAGACACGAUGGCUCGGGAUCUCUGGAACGCCGUUCAGCAGCGUCAGGAACAAGAAUUUUAUCCGCAAUGA